GAAAUCCAAAUCAAGGGCAUUCUACACUUGCAUAAAGUUUGCCUUGUCGUCUCCCUCAGGUGAGCAACUUUUGCAUUUUGAUUUGUGUACUGCUGUCACCAGUAAUAUAAUUCCUGGAAAAUCUUCAGAGCUGAGCUCAAUCACACCAAAGUCAGGGAUGAUGGCUGUUCUCUCCAUCCUCGUCCUGCUGGCUCUAACAGAUGCAGCCACAGGUCUGCUAUGGCGAAAGCAUGCUUAUUAUAAUCAGGAUAUGAGCUGGACUGAAGCGCAGACGUUCUGCAGGAAUAAUUAUACAGAUCUGUCAGUUUUUGACACACAAUUGGAGUUCAACAAUUUCUUAAAGUACAUUAGCUUUAAUAAGAGUUGCUGGAUCGGCUUUAGAAAAGAAAAAGGUGAGAAAACCUUUACAAAGUGGUCUAAUGGACAAUAUGCACAGGGAUUCUCAAACUGGGAAAAUGGUCAACCUGACAACCUUGAUUAUGAAGACUGUGUGUUUACUACCAGUAAGUGGGAAAAUUUAAUGUGUACAGAAAAUUUAAAUGUCUGCUGCUACACUUGGGCACCCAAGAUGAUUGUGGUGCAGGAGAUGAAGAACUGGGAAGAGGCUCUGAUGCACUGCAGAACACACUACACUGACCUGGUAAGACUCACCUCAGUGAUAGAUUACAUUAUGGUCAGGAACAGGAGUGUGGAAAUUCUGACACCCACUUUCUGGACCAGUCUACGAUUCAUGGAUGGCUCAUGGUUCUGGGUGAACAAGCAGCGUCUGGGGAGUAAUGAGACAUCAUUGCCUUCAUGCCCUGCCAGGCCUUUCCGAUGUGGAGCACGAAACAUUAAAGCUGGUGUCUGGGAGAACAGAGACUGUGAGGAGAAAAUGAACUUCAUUUGUUACCAAGAUAUUUGAACUCACUUCUUAAACGAUCUCGAGGAUCACUGCAAUCAAGCCUGGCAUGAGACGAUGAAGAAACAAAGAACAGGCAUGCUGAGCCGAAUGUCCAAGAAACAGCAUAUAAUAUAAACUGAAUUCUUACAUUACAAUUGUUACUUCAAUACUCAAUACUAUAUUUACUAUAAUACUCAAUACUGGGUCUACUAAUAUUUACUCCAAUACUAUAUUUAAGUGCAAAAUUAUGUUGUAGUAAAUUGUUUCCUUUAGAUGUUUGUUUAAUCCACUGUACAGCAUACUGUUGCCCAUAGGUGUAAUAGGGCAUAUUAUAGCAACUGGCAUUAACAUACAUGUUGUAAUCUUUUUCUACAUAGAAGGAUAUUUGUAUU